AUGAUCAGCAGGAGUUUGCUGCAAUUUUGCCUCAUGCUGCUCUUCUCCAGUAAAAUCUCAUGUCUGGACUGUAACCGGAUUUCUGUUCUACAAACCAGAAUGAACAGAGAGAGUUUAGAGCAUCUGGAGAAAAUGGGUGGAAACUUUCCCUUCCAAUGUCUAAAGGAAAAGACAGUUUUCAAGCCCAGAGAUAUCCUCAAGAUCCGACUGUCCCAGAAAGAGAAUGCCAAGGAAGCCAUCCAGCAGAUCCUCCAAGAACUCUUCCAUAUCUUUAACAACAAUCUCACCCAAGCUGCCUGGAAUGAGACAUCCAUAAAGGAAUUCCAGAAUGGACUUCACCAGCAGAUUGAGAAACUGGAGAAGUGUUUGAGUGCUGAGAUGGAAAAGGAAAUAACCUAUCCAGGAAAUGAGAACCUCCUGCUCACCAGCCUCAAACUGAAGAGAUACUUCCAGACAAUCAAUGAUUUCCUGAAAGAAAAGCAAUAA